AAAAGCUCCUACCCGCACCUGUCAAAUCCUCAAUAACUUCCCCGGCUCCCAACACGACAUCCCGAAACGAGAAGCCCCUAGAUUUGAGGUUGCUUAAGAACGCACCGGCAAAAUGGUUCGCGUAAAGCAUCGCUACCUCCUUAUCGAUAUCCUUUACCCCGACUCAUCGUCCUCUUCACCCUCAGGUCGCUCCGACAAACAACCCCAACUCCGGAUCCAUGCACCCACAUCCGACGCCCUAACCCCCAGCCUCCUAGCGAAAAUGGUCCGGGAUGAAGUCGCUGAGAUAUUUGGCGACUGGGGCAUCGGUAGGCUAGGUGGCGUUGGUGCUGGUGGUGUUAGCGUAAAAUAUCUUUCUCCCGCAACAUCAACAGCCAUAAUCCGGUGCCCGCGGGCAUCAUACCGACUAGUCUGGACGGCUCUUACGUACAUAUCUCGCGUCCCUGCUAUCAGUGAUGCCGGCCGGUCAAAGCGUUUGGACCCAAUGGAUUUAACGAGACCGUGUGUCUUUAGGGUGAUUCGGGUGUCUGGGACGAUCCGUAAAGCGGAGGAGGAGGCUGUGCGGAUAGCGAGGAGGGAGAUUGUUCGGCUUAGGGGAACCGAAGAGGUGGGUGUUUUGGGAGGCUUGGUUGGGGGACUAGAGAAGGAGAUUGAAAGGGGAUUUGCAGAGGAUAGCGGUAUCGAUGAUAUGGAGGUGGAUAGCGGUGAUGAUUGAUUGACUGAGGAGUUAUUCCGGUUUUUCUACUUACUACGAGGUAUGGAGUUUUUGUGGGCAUGCUAUUGUACAUAUAUAUUCGUUAGAGAUACCCUAUUGGAUGCGACAUUGCGCUUUUCAUUAUUGCCGCUUCAUUUCUUCCGAACUACUUUCACUCCACCAUCCGGCAUUGGCGCUCGUGGGCCAUAUUCGUCGUCGUCACCUUCUUCGUUCCCGCCCUGAUCGGCUGCUCCUUGCUUGUGCCUUCUGGCCUCCUCUUCUAGCUGCCGCCGCUCGAGCUCAUCGUACUCAUCUUUGGCAUCUAUCCAGCGUUCCUGUACGUCUCGAACGUCCAUGGUUCCCAUUCCUUCCCGAACAGCUAUUUGCCAAACAGAGUCAUUUGCUCCUUCUGCUGGUCCGAAAACGUACCCACUGGCGCGGUCAAUUACUCGGAGUAGAUUCAUCAUGCUUUUCUUAUCCUCCACAGCAAGAGUUUCAAAUCCCACAAGCCCGAAC